CCACUCUGUCCGAAGGUCCCCGUGCUCUGGCCUGCAGUGACUAAUGUCUUAUGUCCUGUUAUACAACAUUCAUCUCCAAAUCCCAGUCUCAGGACAACUGACUGUAAAAGAGUUACAGGGUGAAAACAGAAGAAGCCUGUUGCUGCAGGCACAGAUUAAAGACUCCACUUCAGGCUCAGGCUUCAAACUGUCUGAACAAUGUCUGAGAGAGGUUUCAGAGGGCUGCCGUCUCUGGAUGUGUCCAGGCAGCAGCAACAGCACACACUGACCAGGCUCUACAGCCAGAACGGAGGCUAUCACUUGAGGAUUACGCCAGAUGGCAGUGUGUGUGGUGGGAGGCAGGAAAAUGAUCCUUACGACGUCCUCAGACUAAAGGCAGUGAGUGUUGGAGUGGUGGUCAUCAUGGGUGAAAUGACAAAAUGGUUCCUUGCCAUGAACAAAAGUGGACAUCUGUACGCAUCACAAUCGCCGAACGACGAGUGCUUCUUCCUGGAGAAGUAUGAAGAAAACCACUACAACACAUAUCGCUCUCAAAAGUACAACUGGUAUGUGGCACUGAAGAGGAACGGUCAACCCAAAGCUGGACCAGACACCCACAAAGGACAAAAGGCGAUCUUCUUCCUGCCCAGGCCUGUAGGCAACAUCUGAAGCAGACCCAGCCCGUCAGUGUGUACCCAUAUGGGUUCAUUAAUGCCACAGGGGUAAAGUGUGAACUGUGAACCGUCUCAGAGUAUAACUUCACAUGGAUCAAUAAUGACGCCAUUCAGAGAAGCCAUAGUCCAACAUCAUCAGUUGGAGUGUGGAGGAGAAUGCGUGUAUUAAAUUUGUCCACAAGGUGGCAGCACCAAUCCGAUUAGAGAAGUCAGGCUGGAAAUUAGGACAAAAAAGCUCAGUGUUUUAACGUUAAAAAAUACUGUUAAAAAUGUUCUUCUGCCAAAACAACUAAGCAAAAUAAACAACAGUAGAAUCAAUACCUCCAUUAGAAUGAAUAUUUGUGUAUACAUGUUCUAAUAAAACUAAAACUGUAGCUAAAUAUGAAUACAAAUAUCAGCAACUGUAAGACUGCUGAGGCUAAUGUUGUAUAUGUAGGCCUUGUCAGAGAAUAACAUUUUUCACAGGUGCAAAGAAGACAGUUUAAAGUCACAGUGUUAGCUACCUCACGUUAUUUGAAGUGAAUGUUAAGCGUCAUGAUUGUAAUCAAUAAAACCUGUGGUUAUCUUACCGACCUACUAUGAAAAAAAACCCAGUUAAUAUCAAAACGAGUUCAUCUCAACACUGGAUUCCACUCAAUUUACAAAUCUAGACUAUUUAUUGUGUGGUGUGUAUUUCUAAAUAAUUUAUGGAGACAGAAAUAGUGCUGAAAAACCAGACACCCUCAAAUGUUGCAUUUUUAGCUUAGCAAGGUUUAAGCUACUCAGAUCCUCACACAUUAAAAUCAGGAGCUUUGUGGAGUCCAGAGAAAAGAAAUAAAUGACAAUACAAAUGACACACAGGGUUUACAGGUGUUUCCUACUGAUCCAGUUGUGAACGAUUAUCGUUACUGUAACUGAUUCCUGCUCUGUACUCGCAUGUACAUGUACACGCAGCUGUGAGAGAUAAUAGCAACACAUUGACCUCUGUUCACCCCCGAUCGAGCAUUUUUACCAUAUUUUUGGAAGCAGGGACAUUCUUUAUUUGAUCCAGACCUAAUGUCUAAUGGCUGAAACAGAACAUCGCCUGAAACGUUGUUUCAGAGACUGCAAUGCCAGGAAAAAAAAGCACUUGGAAGAAGCACUGGAACGUGGUUUGAGAUGUUUGGGAGGAGUGGAGCUGAUUCAUGGCUUUGACAAGAUCCAUUAUUGUGGUAUUUAAACAAAGUUGUCAGAGUUCAUUGAAGAGCAAUUACUUUUGCUGAGCACUUGAAAUUAGAGGACGGUUAUCUAACAGAGCGAUAUUUGUGUAUUUUCCCACCGAGAAAAAUACGACACAAUUGUUUUCCCCUACCUACGUGUCUGUAAACAGGGUUAUAAUAUAUCCUUAGAUUCAUAUUGUAAGUGAAAAUUUCGGUGCAGGCUGCAGAAUGAUCUGCAUCUAUCAGAUGAUAUUAUCCUUUUACUUGCUCGUCUUGCGGCUCCAAUAAAACACAGUGAGGGAUGAAACUAAUGAUCCAAUUUAGAGGAAAACCUAGAAAUUAAAUAUGGGAUAUCUAUGUAUCCAUCCAUCCAUCCAUCCAUCUAUCUAUCUAUCUAUCUAUCCAUCCAUCUAUCCAUCUAUCUAUCAAAAGGUUUUUGCAACACACGACUUAUUUCUCUGUCCAGUUCAAGCACCUCAAAUGGUCAUUUUGAGUUAAAUAAUUCUGUGCCUUUUCCUUCCUAAAGAAUAAACAUAAACAUGCAACAAAAAAAACUAAACAAAAAAAAAUUCAACAAAAUCAUA